AUGUUACCUAAAUUAUUUACUCUUACCUUGAUUGUAAUUUAUUUAAAUUAUACUUCAUCGAAAUGUAUUUGGUAUGAAGGUAUAAAUAAUGGUUUUAAUCAAGCUUAUCUCAAUGGUGAACCAAAACCAUUACCCUUAGAAGAUAUUGGACUAUUAAAUGAAAUGUGCCCACAUAUUCCAACACGUGAAGGUGAAUCACCAAAAUUAUGUUGUGAUCGUAAACAAUUAGCGGAAAUGCAAAAAUUUAAAUAUAUUAUUGAUAAUUUAAUUGGUCGUUGUCCAUCAUAUGAAUUUAUAUGGCCACUGAAUUUUUUGAAUAUAACAAGACCGAAUGAACAAGCUGUUAUAUCGAAAGAUGAUAAUGAUGAAAACAUACGAGAAGAUUGGGCUUUAGCUGAUUAUAAUGAUCCAGAUGAAGAAGAUGAAGAUAAAAAAGUUGUUACAAAACCUGCUGAAAUGGUUCAAGUUAUUUCAAAAAUCCGCUAUUUUAUGUCCGAAGAACAAGCAAAUGAUUUUAUUGCAUCAUGCUGGAGUGUUCGAAUAAAUUUUCAAUAUGCUGUUGAUAUUCUAUGUGGAUCAUUAAAUCGUGCAUGUGAUGUUAAAAGACUUUUUCAAUAUAUUGGUUUAAAAAAUGAUCAAUCACCGAUAAAAAUUGAUUUUGUUUUUGUUAAUACGACUCAUUAUGAUUCCGAAUUAAAACGAACAUUUCGUCCAUCAAAUGCAACAAUGUUCGCAUGUGAUCAACCAGUUAUAUUACCACAUAUAUCAAGACAGAAAUGUACUUGCAUGGAUUGCAAUGCUAUGUGUCCAAAGAUUGCUCAAGCUAAAGUUCAAAAUGUUCUUACAGGAAAUCAUACAUUAAUAGAAAAAGUUAAAAUCAGAUUAUUUAGUCUUCAUCGUAUAACAAUUGUUGCAAUUGGAAUCUAUAUAAUAUUUGUAUUAACAUUUAUUUUUUCGAAUAUUUUGUUAUCGCUAUGGAAUUUUACAAAUAACAAAAAGAAAGAAUUUGUUAAGAAACGACAAAAUGAAAAAACCCUUGGAGCAGAAGGUGAAAAAAUGAAUACAAAUGGUGCUCAUAAUAAUGAAGAUGAAGCUGAUUCGGAAACAUCAUUUAGUGAUGAAGAUGAUGGAAUUUUAGCUCGCGCUGGAUUGAAAAUUGAUGAUCAAUUACAUCGGAUAUUUACUGCAAUCGGUCGAUUUUGUGCUUAUAAUCCAAUGUAUACAAUUAUACCUAUAGCAGUGAUUUUGUUUGUUCUAUGUUUUGGUAGUCGUCAGUAUACAGUAACAACAGAUCCAGUUGAUCUUUGGGUAUCACCAAAUUCUCGUGCACGACAAGAAAAAGCUUAUUUUGAUGAAAAAUUUGGACCUUUCUAUCGUAUUGCACAUUUAAUUCUUGUACCAAAAAAUAAAACCGCUAUUACUCUUAAAUAUAAAAAUUCAUUAGAUGCUGAAGAAAAACAUACAUUUGGACCUGCAUUUGAAAAGAAUUUUCUUGUUGAUGCAUUACGUUUACAAUUAUUCAUCGAAAAUUUUAAUGUAACAACAGAAUCUGGUACACCAAUUUAUUUAAACAGUACAUGUUAUAAACCACUUGAUCCUGAUAAUACAAAUUGUGCGAUAUUUUCAUUAUUUCAAUAUCAUCAAAAUAAUUUAACAUUUCUUUUAAAUGAAAAAUUAUAUGCAUCACAAUAUCUUGAAUGUAUGCAAGCACCAUUGACACAACAAACCAAAUCAUUUCAACGUACAUGUAUGGGUAAAUUUGGUGGUCCAAUUGAUCCUUAUAUGGUACUUGGUGCUUUUCCAACGCAUGAUAGCGUACCAGAUUAUGCUAAAGCACAAGCACUUGUUAUAACAAUAACAAUAAAUAAUCAACGUAAAAGUUUAGAACAAAAAAAUGAACAACUUGAAAAUGCCCUUUUAUGGGAAAAAUAUUUUUUACAAUAUAUGCAAACAUAUAGUUCAAAAUGGUUUGAUGUUAGUUAUCGUGCUGAAAGAUCGAUUGAAGAUGAAAUUGAACGAGAAUCAAAAUCAGAUAUUAAAACAGUUGUGAUAUCUUAUCUUAUUAUGUUUUUAUAUAUAGCAAUUGCAUUAGGUCGAAUAAGAAAUUUUCGACAUGUUCUUGUUGAUAUGAAAAUAUCAUUAGGUGUUGCUGGUGUUGCACUUGUUUCAUUUAGUGUUUGGGCAAGUGUUGGCAUUUUUUCUUAUAUGAGAAUUCCAACAACAUUAAUUAUAUUUGAAGUUGUACCAUUUCUUGUAUUAGCUGUUGGUGUUGAUAAUAUAUUUAUCUUAACUCAAUCAAUUCAACGUGAUCGACGUCAACCCGGUGAAGAUGUUGAAACUCAAAUUAGUCGUAUUGUAGGUCGUGUAGGCCCAGCUAUGUUAUUAACAUCUGUAUCUGAAAGUAUUGCAUUUUUUCUUGGUGCAUUAACACCAAUGCCUGCCGUUCGUCUAUUCAGUUUAUAUGCAGCAAUGUCUGUUUUAAUUGAUUUUCUUCUACAAAUAACUGUAUUUGUUACAUUUAUAACACUUGAUCAUAAACGAACAAUUGAAAAUCGUAUUGAUGUCUUUUCUUGUCUACAAAUUUCACGUGAUCAAAAUGAACAACAGAAAAAUGGAUAUUUUCCACGAAUUACUUUGUUUCGUCGAAAAUCAUCCACUGAUAAUGAUAAUGAAAUUCCAAAUACAGUUCAAACACCAUUAACAGCAACACAAUCUGAUACAAAACCUACAACUAUUAUUCAUCAAACAUCUACUAUGGAACCAUGUGAAGAACAUUUAAUGGAAAUGGAUGGAUUUUUAUUUGGUUUAUUUAAACGUUAUUAUGCACCAUUUAUAAUGAAUCGUCAUGUACGACCAACUGUUAUAUUUAUAUUUUUUACUUGGCUUGCAGCUAGUGUUGCUUUAUUACCAUAUGUUAAAGUUGGUUUAGAACAAAAUAUUACUAUGCCAAAGGAUUCUUAUAUGAUUGAUUAUUUUUCAGCAUUAAAAGAAUAUUUUGCUGUAGGACCACCCGUCUAUUUUGUUAUUAAACAAGGUAUUAAUUAUGGUAAUAUAAGUGCAAGUAAUAUGAUAUGUGCUAGUGCGGGUUGUUCAUCACAAUCAAUGGCAAAUCAAUUAGGUAUUGCAUCACUUCGUCCAGCUGAAACACGUAUAUCACAAAUAGGUACAACAUGGCUUGAUGAUUAUUAUGAUUGGUUACGUCAUCGUGGUUCAACACCAUGUUGUCGUUUGUUUAAUAGUACAGGAGCUUUUUGUUCAACAAAUUCACCUCCAAAUUCCAAAUGUUAUGCUUGUACACGUAGUACAACACGUGAAAAUAAUCCAAAUUUAAAAUGUGCAAAAGGUGGCCAUGCUGCACAUGGUAGUAGUGUAGCAUUAUAUCCAAAAAGUAAAAAUGUCGAAACAAGUCUUAUCAUGGGUUAUCAUAGUCUUUUAAUCAGUUCAAAUGAUUUUAUUGAAGCUAUGCAACAAGCCUAUAUCUUAACAGAUAAUAUAACACGUACAUUAAAAUUAGCUGGUCAUAAUGUUGAAGUUUUUCCAUAUAGUAUAUUUUAUGUAUUCUACGAACAAUAUUUAACAAUUUGGCAUGAUGUUUUUAUGAAUUUAACAAUAUCUGCAGCAGCUAUCUUUGUUGUGACAUUUAUUUUACUUGGUUUUGAUAUUAUUUCUGCAUUUAUUAUAACAUUAACUAUUGCUAUGAUAACUUGUGAUAUGAUAGCCAUGAUGUAUAUAUGGAAUAUUGAAAUGAAUGCUAUCUCUCUUGUUAAUCUUGUUAUGUCAGUUGGUAUAUCACUUGAAUUUUGUGCUCAUAUAUGUCGUGAUUUUAUUUUAUCGGCAAAAGGAUCGCGUUUAAAACGUGCAGAACAAGCACUUGCUUAUAUGGGUAGUUCAGUUUUUAGUGGUAUAACUCUAACUAAAAUUGGUGGUAUCGUUGUACUUGGUUUUUCACAUUCCCAACUUUUUCAUAUAUUUUAUUUUCGAAUGUUUAUUUGCAUCGUUUCAUUCGGUGCUGCACAUGGUCUAAUAUUCUUACCUGUUUUACUCAGUUAUAUUGGUCCAAGUCCAAAUGGUAUUCGUAAAACUCGUAUACAACAUCAAAGAUCAAUACAUAAAUCACUUCAGUUACAAACAAAAUUAUCAUCGACUGAAAUAUCUUGA